GCAUAUCGAUUAGGUCAUGUCGACUGUCGACGGCAAUUGACGCGUAGGAAAGAGGCGCAACUUUUUGCAGGUGUAGAAACGGAUUAUUUGUGUUGUAAAGAAAAGAUAAACAAGGUGCAGCAAAAAAUUUCUGUCGGUGUACUUUCCAGCUUUCAGGGUCGUGAAUUGUUUUAGUUAUUAUUUGCUGAUCACCUAAUAAGUGAAAGUUACUCAGCAAGACAUGGAGAAUGUUUUCUUGUUUGUGCCAAACAUCAUAGGUUAUGCAAGAAUUGUGCUUGCCCUUAUUUCAUUUUACUAUAUGCCUACAAAUCACAUUAUAGCUUCUUGGUGCUACAUCAUAAGUUCAUUGCUUGAUGCAAUAGAUGGACAUGCUGCCAGGUAUUUUAAUCAAAGUACAAAAUUUGGAGCCAUGUUGGAUCAGUUGACAGAUCGAUGUGGUACAAUGUGCCUAAUAGUUACAUUGAGCUACUUUUACCCACAACACAUGUUCUUGUUCCAAUUAAGUAUAACAAUUGACAUAGCUUGUCACUGGAUAUAUCUGCACACGAGUCUUCUUCAAGGAAAAGCGAGUCACAAGUUUAUUGACUUGUCUGGUAACCCAAUUAUGAGAAUCUACUACACAUCACGUCCUGUUCUGUUCUUUAUGUGUGCAGGAAAUGAAGCGUUUUAUGCUAGUUUGUACCUCUUGCAUUUCACUGAAGGUCCUGUAGUUGCAGGCCUGGGUCUCUUCCGUAUUGUAGCAUAUUUAACAGCACCUGUUGCUUUUGUUAAAGCACUUAUUUCUCUUGUUCAAGGAUAUGUAGCAUGUAAUAAUCUGGCAGCAAUAGAUCUUCAAGAUAGACAAGCACAGUUAACAAAAGAACAGUGAGCAAUGGCUCUUGUUUUCAUGAAUAUUAGUACUUGGAAAGUACUAGUGAAGCUACAACUGUGCUUUGCAACUUACCUAGUCACUAAUGUGAUUUAGAAAUUCCAUUUUUGAUAGCAAGAAAGUCCUGAGUAAAUAUAAGAUGGUCUGUUAUAUUUUGAAACAAAAUACAAAUACCUUCGAAGGACUAAAUAGCAGUUUGAUUUGUAAUUUAUGAAAUGCAAGUUCUAAAUGCCAAAGAAGUUUUCACCUAAAAACAGUGAAUCAAUUCCUGAUGACGACACAGAUUCCAUUAUAUGUAGGUGACAGUUUUUCUUUCAUUGUAUUUAAUCGCAACUAGCUGAUUAAGCAGUGUUGCCUGGUUACUUAUUUUUCCUAGUCCUGUAUAAGGCAGGGAGAGGAAUGAAACCUAUACUUUUCCUUCCAGAUGUAAGAAUAAAUAAAUUCUUGGUAAACCCACUCUUGAUCAAGUAAUGUGAAAUGGCCUGUAAAAGAAACAUGAUGAUCUGAAACACUUCACAGUACUUAAGAGUGCAUCAGUGAUUUACUGUUUAUGAUCAAGAACACAAACCUCAAUGGAAAUUGCUUUUCUUUGAGUUAAAUGGGAGGGCCAUUGAAAUUACUUUCUUUAUGUUGCCCAGCAUCAUCUUUACAUGCGGUCUUUCACAGAUUGAGGAUCCACAGUAAAAUAUCUGAAUAUCCAAUUUUAAGUAAACGACGGUGCAAUGGAAUUUCCCUUCUUUGCACCCCACUCCAUCACUAUGAGAGAGAUCUCGUCAGGGCAGCAGUCCAGAUAGUAACCUUAGAAAUCUUUGGCUGUGACACUAAUUUUAAUUAUGUUUCCAUGUCACUCUCUUCCCAUCCCCACACAGCUAGCGGAUGUGAAAUUUCAUUGUAACUGUAACCAUCCAGUGAAUGCAGAGGCUUUGGGUAUGAUGACUAUUCUUCCAUGUUACCAUCUUCCUAUCCCACACUGAAGUGUGCUAGGCAUGCCUCAUCUCCAGUGAUUUUCCAUCAGGUUUUGUUCAAACUAUUGGGCUGCUGGUCUAGACGUAAAGCAUGUUUUUCACUCUAUGUUUUAAUGUAGCUUUCAACCUCUCUGUGAUGUUAGGAAGGGGCAUGCAAGUCACUGAAGUGGCGUUUGUUUGGAAGACUUUCACCAGGCCAUUGAGCCACAUGAAAUAAUAAUUACUGAUGAUGAUUGUGAUUUCACUGUCACUUUUCAGAUAUUUUUAGAUGUCAAUCCUUUUUCUUCAACUCCUACUCUCACUAUCAGAGGUCAACUGUCAUCAAUAAGUCUAUCAACUGUGAAACUAUAAAUUCAACACUAAUAUCAAGCUUUUUCUCAAUUGUUUCUACAAGUCACUUCCUUCUCACCUCCACUCCUAUUGGCGCUGUGGGUGUCUUAGCCUGACAAAUUCCUAAAUUUAUUGAUGAUUUGAAGCUCUAGUUGAACAACUGAUCUCAGGAAUAUCACCACCACCAAUAUACAUUAUACAGUUAAGUGAGUGACCUAAUAAAUAUAUCAACCCCCCCCCCCCCCUCUCUCUCUCUCUCUCUCUCUCUCUCUCUCUCUCUCUCUCUCUCUCUCUCUCUCUCUCUCUCUCAUUAUAAACUGAUAGUUACCAUGAGGACAUGUAAGAGCUUUAAUUGACAGCACUGGUUCAAUGAGAGGAGUGCAAAGGCACCACUAAGGCCAGUGUAAACAACAAAAAGAAAUAAAAAUAUAACUCUACAAUACCUGUGGAUGUAGUUAAUGUUGUAAAAAUAGACUAGUAAGUAAAUGUUUAACUGUUGUACAGAAGUGGUCAAUUUUUUGUUACAGUGCAAAUGACGAAUGAUAUUGCUAUUUGGUUUUACAUGUUAUGUUUAGAAAUUACAUUCCUAAUAAUAAUAACUAUUACUUUUUGUAUUAUUUUGUACUUUUGUCUUGCUCUACCAGUUUUUAAAUGCAUGUGCUCCAUUUAUUGUUUCAAUUGCACAUUCAGUUAUUAAAGAAAAUGGAAAAAUA